GAGGCCCUCAAGCGCAUGGAAGAUGACUUGGGGGUCACGUCUAAGGACCUUGGAGAGCUCCAGGACCCCCAUGAGGACCUCAAGGACCCCCAUAGGGACCUAAGGGACAUGGAAGAUGACUUGGGGGUCCCUUAUGGAGACAUCGAGGCCCAUGGGGACCCCCAGGAGGACCUGAGGACCAUGGCCCGUGACGUGGGGGUCUCCUGUGGGCCCCCCCAAGGAGCCUUCCCCUCCGAGGACCCCUCCAUGGAGCUUGGGGAGCCCAUAGGGGAAGCCAUGGACACGAAGGGACCCCUCUGAAGGCCUUGCCUGGAGCCCCGGAGAUGCCCUCUUGGCCGACCUGGAGACAACAACGUCCCACCUGAGCCUGGAGCCCCCGCCCCACGGAAAGGUGCCUGAAGGUGACAAGGAGCAGCUCUACAGCAUGGUGCAGAAGCCGCGACCGCCCCCCCCCGGCCUUGGGGAGCUCGACCGGCUCCUGCGGGACCUCAACGCGACCCACAGCUCCAUCGCAGACGAGCUCUUGGCGCGGUUCCCCCCCUCGCUGCCCCCUGAGGAGCUGAAGAAGACCCCACCAGAUGCCACCAAGGAUGGAGCAGCCCCACCUGGCAGGUCGGGACCCCCCCAAGUGACCCCAUCUUCAGCCACCCAAGAGCUGGACAAGCUGAUGGCCUCGUUGUCCCACUUCCAUCUCCAGCACCAAAGCCCCCCAAGUAAGGAGGUUCCUCAAGAGGAGAACCUGGACUCGAUGCUGGUGGCGCUGCAGAAGGACCUGGGCCGACAAGGGGUCCCCAUGGGGAACAAGGGGGUGUGCGGGGGCUGCCUGAAGCCCAUUGCCGGGAAGGCGCUGCUGGCGCUGGGGCGCUGGUGGCACCCGCGUCACUUCCGCUGCGCCGCCUGCGGGCAGACGUUGGCCGGGAGCGGCUUCUUCGAGCGGGACGGCGCCCCCUACUGCCCGGAGGACUACGGGCGCCUCUUCGCGCCGGCGUGCGCGGGCUGCGCGCGCCCCAUCCUGCACCAAAUGGUGACGGCGCUGGACAAGACCUGGCACCCGGAGCACUUCUGCUGCACCCACUGCGGGGGGGUGCUGGGGGAGCAGGGGUUCGUGGCGCGGGAGCAGCGCCCGUACUGCCCGCGGGACUAUGGGCAGCUCUUCGGGAGCCGCUGCCGGGGCUGCUCCAGCCCCAUCCUGGCGGGGUUCAUCUCGGCUCUGCAGGGCCUGUGGCACCCCCAGUGCUUCGUGUGCGCGGAAUGCUCCGCUCCCAUCACCGGAGGCACCUUCUUCGAGGCCGACGGGCGCCCCGUGUGCGAGCGCCAUUCCCAGCCCCGCUCCCAGCCCCUCUCCCAGCGGAGCUGCACCUUCUGCCUCCAGCCCUUCCGUGGGGCUGCCCCACAGCAGCGCGACGGGAAGCUCUAUUGCCAGCUCUGCGCACAGCACCUCCUCCAGUGAGGGGCCCCAUGGGGCUGCCUGCCCCAUAGAUGCACAAUGGGCCCAUCGCAACCAUCAUGAGAAGGUUCUAUGGGUCAAUCAUUGCGUUGGGUCCAUCAUUGAGGUGCUCUUCAGGGUGGUUGAAGGUGCCCCAUGGGGUUGCCUGCCCCAUAGAUGGCCAAUGGGCCCAUCGCAACCAUCAUGAGAACGUUCUAUGGGUCAA